AUAUGGUGUGUAAAAUAUGUUCGAGUUUUUUAAUUGCCAUGUUAGGCGGUAAAUAUCGUAUUUUGGGAAACAAUGGCUUACAUUUUUUUUAAAACUUGAAUAUUUCUAACUCAGAAAUAACAAUCGUAUCCACAUAAAACCGAAGACACUAAGUCUCCAUAUUUUGAACGAGUUCACCUUGAUGAAAGUUGGAUCAAACAGAUCAAUUCAAGUAGGUGGUAUUGCAGUAAGAACGCCUAAUGGAAAUCGAAUCUGUCGCCGUCUUGACUCUAUACCGAUUAUCGACGAAUGAAGAUAGCGUGUACAAGUUUAAAAUAUUCAUAUUAAACAGAGGGAGAAUGUUUGCGGCUGUAUCAAAUAAAAAGUAUACAAUUUAUCGUUAAAUUGACCGUCAACUACGACAGCCUAUCGCGUACACACACGCACAUGCACACACUCACAUAGUCGCUGCACUUAUAUAAUCAUUAUCCGUAAUAAUGUAAUAUUAAACUGUGAAUUUAAAAAAAAUAAUUUUUAUACUUGUUAUCGACAUUGCCUUCAACUGAUUACGCUAGCGCGUUGUAAUUUAUCUAGCCGCCCAAAAAUAGUCAUUCUCUUGUCAUACCAUCAUCUGUCAUAAAGUGAGAUAUUUCACCUUAAUAUCGGCGUUUUUUACGGUACAACAAUUUCAACAACUAAUAUGAAAAUUGCACUUUUUAAUUAAUAUUGUAUACGCGCUACAAAUCGGUAGUCGACGGUAAUUUGUAUUAUUAUAUUGGUUCUAAUAGACGAAUCGCACGUAGGUAUACGUCGUGUGAAUUAAUUAAUGUGAUUAUUUUUUUUCUUUUAUUAUUUAUAUGUACCAAUGUGAAUAGAGAAUUGUAUACUGAUUUUGGUAGCAACUGGACUAUUUCCGCAGUACAAGUAACAAGCAGAGAAUACAUAACCAUAGACGAUGUGCAGAAAAAAAACUUAUAUGAAGUGACUUCUUCGGACUUCAACAAUGGCCAAUGAAAAUAAUUAUAUGGCGUUGCUGUAUUUUAUAACAUUUAUUCUAUUUAUUUGUUGGUAUUAUCGACAAAAAUAUUGUGUUACAAAAACAAAUAAUAUAGAAAUAUCAAAUCAUUCAAAUGAAAUUCAACUGGAUGAUGGUGGAUACUUACCUAGGACCAACAAUGAUCAACAGCGUUGUUUAGUGCCAUUAAACGUUGUAAAUAGUUUGGAGUAUGAAAAUAUAUAUAAUCCGUUGCAUGAACAACCUCGUUCACAAUAUAAUGCUGGACAAACUUCUAGAAUCAAUAUUUCCACUACACGAGCCACAAUUUCACCGUUUAGUUCUAGCUUAAAUUAUGUGGAGCUUCAUUCGUCUAACGUAGCUUCUUUUUCAAGAUCUCUGCUCAACGACCCGCCGCCGCCUUCUUAUGACGAGUGCAUGGCGAGUUCACAACCAACAUCUCAUACUGUUAAUUUACCAGUGAAUUAAGGGAAUAUUAAUGUCCAUCCAUGUGUAUCUAUGAUAUUUUAAGAAGAGAACAAGAAUUGUUCACAACAUUAUCUGAAUUCAAAAUCGUGUAAGCUGGGGUUUUGGAACUUGUAUUGUAGAUAACGAUAACUUAUUAUAUAGGUACUAAUACUAAAUAAUUAUUAUUCAUCUUACUAACCAAUUAUUGUUGGAUGAUUUUUUUUCUAUCAAGAGAUGAUCAAUAUUUAUAUGUCAAAUAAUUGUAUGGUAUUUGUAGUUAUGUCAAAAAUAAUGUGUAUUUAUACAAAUAUAUGGU